AUGACAUCCAACGAUUUUAUUGUCGCGCAACAGCGCGUUGCCGCUCGUCGUCAAGCUCGUGAAGUAGCUGCCCAAACUCACCUGAAUCGUCGACGCAACACCGCCAUCUCCCAGCGCGUUUCCUCCCUUCCUUUCCCCUUCUCACGAAUAGGUACUGCAGGUCUCACAACAUGGGAUAUGAUAUCGGGGCGCGAAGGAACUCGUCCUUCUUUUCGAGUCGGUCAGGUCGAUGCUGAGUUAUUGGAUGAGGAGUUGUUGGAUUUGUUAAAAGGGCAAGUGGGUGAAGGUCUAAAGUAUUUCGGAACUCAUAUACAAGAUGAUUGGUCUGCGGAGAUAAUGUUAGCACUAAGAGCUAUUCUUUUCAAACUCAGUAUUUGGGAUCAUGAUGCUACGUAUGGGGCUACAUUGCAGAAUUUAAAAUUCACCGAUGCGCGACACUCAGGAUCCGUUUUGGUAUCUCCAUCGAAAUGGCAGAAAGGUUUAUAUGGUCUUUUCACUGUAGGCGGGAAGUAUGCCUGGACACGUUGGGAAAAUUACCUGGUCGAUUCAGACAAUGGAUAUAAUACACCCUCGCCCCUUAUUAGUCGACUCUCCCGCAUUACCGACCUCUUAACAAAUGUCCACUCCACCGCCGCCUUCGCAUCCUUUCUCGUAUUCCUCGUAAAUGGCAGAUAUCGUACGUUACUGGAUCGAGUUUUGAGAUUGCGACUAGCGCCACCUACCAGCCAGGUUAGUCGGGAAGUAUCAUUCGAAUACCUCAAUCGCCAACUUGUUUGGCAUGCAUUUACCGAAUUCCUCCUUUUCGUCCUCCCGCUUGUAGGAAUCUCUCGCUGGCGACGCUUUCUAUCACGCUUUUGGAGACGUACAAAAUCACUCUUCAAUACAUCAUCCACCGAUGAGCUUUCCAGCAGUACAAAGAAAGGCGAACUUGCUUUCCUACCCGAACGUACAUGUGCUAUAUGUUAUCAUGAUCAAAAUGCUUUACAAGCAACAGAAGAAGGUGUUAUGGCCGCAGCAGCUAGUACUGGUGUGAUAGGAAGUGCGCAAACCGAUAUCACAAAUCCAUAUGAGACAGUGGAAUGUGGCUGUAUAUACUGCUUUGUAUGCAUAGCUAGUAAAUUGGAAGCAGAAGAAGGGGAGGGCUGGACAUGUUUAAGAUGCGGCGAAGAAGUAAAGAGAUGUAGAGCCUGGAGUGGAGAUGUAGUGGUUGAGGCAAAAGCCAUAGAAGAUAAGGAAGAAAAACCCAGGGCAAGAAAGAGUGUGGAAUUUCAAGACGACAGGAUGAAAAUGAAUCCGACAUCUUAUGCAGAAGACACAAUCACAGAUCACGAUACCAAGAAAACCGAAGACGGAGAUUCAUCAGAUCAUGAUUCUCAAUUGGGUCAAGAAGAAGCAUAUGAUGAAGAUGAAGAUCAGGGAUUAGAGGAAUAUGAGGAUGAAUACGAAGAUGAGUGA